ACGGCCAUCGCCUCUCGCUCUUCCCCGCCUCCCCGCCGCCGCCGCCGCCGUGGAUCCCUCCGCCCACCGCCGGCGAGCCCUUCCGCCGCCGCCUCACCCUAGCGCUGCUCCCGUGGGACGGACUGCGGUCCGCCACUUCCUCGGCGUGCUCCUCCUCCAGCUCACCUCAGUGUCGUCCCUCCCGGAGAUUUGAUUCAAAUUUGUAAACCUGGGCGAAUUCUUUCUCGGAGGCCUGGUCCAUGAAGUGUAAUUUCUGUGUAGGAUCUUCUUCCUGCUCAUAUCCUGUCAAUGUAAGGAGGGGAUUGGGCGUCCCUUGUCUAUGCACAGGGCAGUGCCAGGGUUCCUGCGUCGAGCCCUCAUAACCAGAAACCACCCACAGGCGUCGCGAUUUACUUCACUGGCUUGUUGCUUGAACAACCUGGAUCAUCAAGAGCCCACUCAGAGUACCAUUUCUGGUGAUUAUAGACGUCAGUGCCUUCUUCCCUUGAUCACACUAGCAGUGCGGACUUCAAACUGGGACGGCGCAAGAAAGAUAAGCUUCAGGGAGUGUGAGAGGUUAUAUGGCCUUUCCCAGUCAAUUGGGUUGUUUGCAUUGCUUAUACAGUCAUUCUUGCCUCGGAGAGUCAUAGAGGUCCGGUGCUUGAUUCAGAGCAUUGUCAAUUACUGUGGAAAUGCUGGUCCGGAGUUGUUUGAGUUGGCACUUAUGCUGGUGAACAAUUUGGGUGGAUCGAUAACAUUGCUUCAAGUUUAUGCUGCGCUCAUACGGGUUUUUAUAGAGUUGUCAAUGUUUGAGGAUGCUCUUGUCACCUACAUCGAGGCCAAGAAGAUUGGAGUUGAGCUUCAGCUUUGCAACUUCUUGCUGAAGUCCUUAGUCAAGAGGAAUCAGUUCAUGUAUGCGAGGAGUUUGUUUGAUGAUAUGAAGAGCACUGGUCCCUCACCAAAUGUCUACUCUUAUUCAGUUUUGAUGAGUAUGUAUACACAUGGUGAUAAACCAUGUUUGGAGGAAGCUUUUGAUCUUCUUUGUGAAAUGAAAAUCAGAGGCGUGAAGCCGACUGCGGCAACCUACGGAACCUACCUUUAUGGACUUUGCCGUGCCAAACAAGUCGAAUCUGCAUGGGACUUUCUUCAAGUGCUUCGGCAGAGAGGCUACCCUUGCAACAGCUAUUGUUUUAAUGCAGUGAUUCAUGGUUUCUGUAACGAUAAUCAGGUUCACAAAGCCAUGGAGGUAUUUGAUGAGAUGAAGAAAGGUGGGGUUGUCCCAGAUGUCCAUAGCUACAGCAUAUUAGUUGAUGCGCUUUGCAAACAAGGUGCUCUAUCAUUAGGCUCUAAUUUGCUUGAUGAAAUGGAAAGAAACAGAGUCAGUCCUACUCUUGUCAUUUACAGUUCACUUCUGCAUGGUCUUUGCAAAGCUGGAAAAGUUGAGGAGGCCCUUGAACUUUUCGAACGUCUCAAAUAUCAAGGUUUCAAGCAUGACCAAAUUACUUACAGCAUUGUUCUUCAUGGUUGUUGCCGACAUAUGGAUAUAGAGGUUGCCUAUGGUCUUUGGAUUGACAUGGUUAACCAUAAUUUUGUUCCAGAUGUUUACAAUUACACUAGUCUUAUAUAUGCAUUUUGUAGACAUAGAUACCUUAAAGAAGCAUUGGGGUUAUUUGAACUAAUGCUUGACAACAAGAUAAACCCCAAUAUCAUUACAUGCACUAUUCUAGUUGACGGCUUCAUGAAAGAAGGGCUGAUUAGUGAAGCCUUUCUUUUCUUGGAUGAAGUACGCCAAUUUGACAUUGUCCCCAACCUUUACACAUACAAAGUUAUCAUCAAUGGCCUCUUCAAGGGUAACGAAUCUGAUGAUUUGUGGGGAUUCUUUGGGGACAUGAUAAAAAGGGGAUAUAUUCCCGAUGUUGUCCUAUACAGUAUUAUUAUUGAUGGCUUUGUGAAAGCUUUGGAUUUGCAGGAGGCUUUCAGGUUGUAUCAUAAAAUGUUGGAUGAGGGGACGAUGCCAAAUAUCUUUACAUAUACUAGCCUCAUAAAUGGGUUGUGCCAUGAUGAUAGACUCCCUGAAAUGACGCCACUGUUAAAGAAUAUGAUUUUGGAGGGGCUGACACCCGACAGAAUUAUGUACACUUCUCUCAUUGCAUGCUAUUGUAAGCGUUCAAACAUGAAAAAAGCUAUGGAAAUUUUCAGAGAGAUGAAAAAUGGGGGUAUAUCGCCAGAUACUUUUGUUUAUACAUGUUUAAUUGGUGGCUACACCAAAGUUCGUGCUAUGGAUUUUGCGGAGUUGUUGAUGGAAGAAAUGGAAACUAAAGGGCUUACACCUACCGUAGUAACUUAUACAGAUCUAAUAAUUGGAUACUUAAAAACAGGAGAUGAGAAAAGUGCCUAUAGGACAUAUCAUAAUAUGAUUCAGAGAGGUAUUACACCAGAUGCCAAGCUGAGCUGCAUAUUGGACCUUGGCAAUGAUGCAGAUGUUGAUAAUUCUCCAAAAGAGAAGGAUGUAUCUUAGCUAUUUCCAUUGAGAUCUACAAAUUGUUCAAGGGAUAUCUUUUAAAGGGAUUAACCCACAUACUGUGGAUUGAUUAUUAGGUCUAUUUAUUUCUCUACUAUGGACUGUGGAGAUAAGAAAUGGGCAAGACAUGACAGUUUUAUCCAUAAACAGCACCUGGGGAGCUCAGUUGAGCUCAUUCAGGGAUUUCAGGCGGAUUUGGUCUAAGCUUCCCCGUACUCUCCGGCGCCUGCAGUUUCAUGUGUCUAUGGCUGCUGCUGGGUGACCAAGGUGGAAUGGUGGUGCCUUUUGGCUUCUUCAGGAGUCAAGAUUGCAGGGUUCAGAUCCAAUUGUGAUUAGGCUUGAUGCUUCUACUGUUAACGCUGUUCUUGCUGAUCUUUUCUCCUCUGUUGACACAUUAACUAAAAGUCCACCAUUGACCCAUGAAGAGGAAGAUGAUUUGGGUUAGACAAAUAUAAAUGGGUAUGACUAUAAACAAAAAGUGUUCUUUCAUUGGCGAUGAUUUCCUGAUCAACACCAUUGGACCAGCUGGUAAAGAGAAGGUACUGGGCAAUCUCUAUGACGGCACACCAGUGAUGAUCUCGACUAGUCUAUUGCUAUUCUUCUACCUGAUCAUCCAACUGAGAUGGCUGAUGAAGAGAGGCGGCGGCGCUCCGGCAAGCCUCCCAAGAUUGUCAAGCACCGGCAUCCUCGACUUAUCGACGUGAUGGAAUGAAAUCGCCCGUUCUGUGUAGCAGCAGCAUUAGCAGUGAGCCAGAUCGAGAAGCAGCUCGGCCAUUGCAAAAGCGAAGUAGGAUUCCACGAUGUGAAGCAGCUAUGUGACUGCACAAAAUUACCUUCUUUUUUUGAGUUUGAGCAAAGAUCUUGGAACAGCAACAGCCAGUUGUGUUACUUCCAGACAUGGUUUAACGCUGUAAUUCCUAUACUAAAAUAUACUAUCAGUAUAUUUUCUGAACUUAUCCAAUUGUAGCUAUCCUAAACGGGGGCCAAACUGGAAAAUUACGGCUCGCAGUAUUCGCUUAGGCCAAAUUGUAGUAGCAGACUUUGUAAUAUUCAGGCCCAUACAUAAUAAUCGGAAUCACGGGGGCCCAACUACAAACUUCUGGAUCCGAAGUAGGGCCCAAAUGGAUUUCAAGCCCAAGCCCACUCUCUCCUUCCUUCCCGAUGCGCUCUCUCUUCACCAUGCCGCCGCCGCCGGCGGCGGCGCCGGCGGCCGGCGAGGGGGCUCCCCCAUCCUCCUCUGCACCGUCUCCGCUCUAACCCACCGCCUUCGAGUCUGACCCGUCGAGUGCGGCCUCCGGCCGGCGGCGGCGGAGCGAGAAGAGAGAAGGGGAGAUGACGCGCCGCCGCCCACGUAUCCGCGCGCUUCCCUCCGGCCGGCGGCGUACCACGGCGCCGCCGCUCCCGGGGAAGAAGAUGCCCAUCGUCCUCCUCUUCCUAUCAGCAAUUCAACACCGCGAGGACAACAAGAGUCACAUGAUUCCAUGAACCAAUAAGGCAGCAGUGUUGUACUGUUCUUCGUCUCCUCUCUCUCUCUCUCUCUCUCCACAAGGUGAUUGAUCUCCAUUUCGUGUACAAAAUCUUCUUUCAUUACAUGAUGAUGAUCUGCACCUGAUCGAAUUAUGAUA